GGGAAGACGAGUGGUAGCAGAAGAGUAGGAGUAUGCAGUAGAGAGAGAGAAAAAGAUGACAGAGGGACAGAAAAAGUAAGAAGUGUGAGCAUAUUUGAAUUUCAGAGUAGAAAAAAAUGAGACAAUGAAAAAAGGGAUGAAACAAGAAGAGGGGAGCAGAAAACCCCUGAAAAAACUGGAAUUGGAAAUGCAGGGUGGCACAGGGAAUAAGUGAGCGAAUGGGAGAGGAGGAGAGAGAGUAAGAAGGGAAGGGAGGGAGGCGAACAACACUGCAGACACUCAUCCACUGUCACUGCUCCGCAGCCAGAGGACAGAGGCAGUGCCGGCAUCAGUGGAAGCGGGUACGAUGGAGGAGGACGGCUGCACCAUCCGACCGUGGCUCAGUCCCCACAACUGACCACAUUUCUUGAGAACAUCCAUCCAAGUUUGGAGCAGAACGAUUAAAAAGGGAGGAAACUGCCAUCUCUGUCCUUCACAAGAUCACAAGUUCUGGAGCUCAACUCCUGCAGGACCAAUCGUUCACACCCUUCACUAUAAUUUCUCCCAUUGUACACGCCCACACUCCUCAUCACACCCUCUCCUUCAAACUGAAGCCCGCUGCUCUUCUUGUCGCCUUCUGGACUUGUUUUGGUUGUUUUUUCAUCAUUGCUUCUUUUGCUGACCUUUCGAGCUGAGUGGAUUUACUUUUCUCCUGUGGUGGACCAUGGGGCAGGGGUGGCAGGGUGCAGGAGGAAUCCCCGCGAAAAGGACAGGGGGGAGCAGGUACCUUUUGGUGGCAUUGCUUCUCUGUGGUUUCUGGAUGGCUUACUCGCAGACAGACGAUGGGAAAUCUGUCUACUUCUGGGAAACAGGUCCGUGGGGGAGAUGCAUGGGCAGUGACUGUGGUCCAGGAGGAAGCCAAAGCCGCGCUGUCUGGUGCGCCCACGUGGACGGCUGGACGACUCUUCACACCAACUGUGACCAGGGUCAGCGUCCCUCCAACCAGAGGAACUGUUUCCGUGUGUGUGACUGGCACAAGGACCUGUAUGACUGGAAACUGGGUGCCUGGAAUGAGUGCAUGCCAGUUUCAGCGAGGACCUUUGGGGCUCCACGGCAGUUCACAUGCAGUGGAGGAGAAGAGGGCAUUCAGACCCGGGAGGUGGGCUGCAUGCUCAAGUCAGAUGGGUCUCCAGCAGAGGAUGCCAUCUGUGAAUACUUUGAGCCCAAGCCACGCCUGGAGCAGGCUUGUUUGAUCCCUUGCCCCCAGGAUUGUGUUGUAUCAGAGUAUUCUCCAUGGACCUCGUGCUCCAAAACAUGUGGAACAGGCCUUAGGAACAGAAUACGCAGCGUUCUGGUUCCUCCACUUUUUGGAGGAGCCGGUUGUCCUAAUCUCACUGAAUUUGAGUCUUGUAAACCAGGACCUUGCUUGGGUCCUGAGGGAGUGUACAGCCUUAUGGUUGGACCAUGGAGCGCUUGCACCUUACCACAAACUCGAACUACACGGCAAGCCAAGCGAAGGAAAGGGAAAGGCCAAGGACUGAGAGAGCAAGGAGGGGUAAAAGAUCCUGAAACCAGAGAGCUGAUUAAAAAGAAACGGACCAGGAACCGCCUUAACCGGCAAGAGAGUCCAUUCUGGGACAUUCAGGUUGGAUACCAGACCCGGGAAGUGAACUGCAUACACAGGAACGGGAGCAGAGUGGGACGCAAUUUGUGCAUACCUCGGGAACUACCGCUCACCAUCCAGUCCUGCGUUCUUCCUAAAGAUUGCCAGGCAACCGAAUGGACCAACUGGAGCUCCUGCUCCAAGACCUGUGUGGAUCCUGAGACUCCAAGAGGAAAUCGGACUCGAAGGCGACAAGUGCUUCAGUUCCCCGUUGGUGAGGGCAUUGAGUGUCCAUUACUGGAGGAGACAGAGCCUUGUGAACCCCAAGGUGGAAGCAUCCCUCCCUGUGCCAGUUACACAUGGAGAACAACUGAGUGGAGUGACUGUCGGGUUGACUUACUGCUAAGCCAACAGGACCGACGGCGCAGCAACCUGACGGGGCUUUGUGGAGGAGGCCUGCAAACAAGGGAAGUUUAUUGUGUCCAGGCUAAUGCAGAGCUUCUAAAAUACCUCAGCAACCUGAAAGAAAAAGACAAAGCCUCCCGCCCAGUGGAAAACAACCUGUGCAGGGGCCCAAUCCCAAACAGAUCCCAGCGCUGCCAGAUCCCCUGUCCCAUUGACUGUGAGGUAUCACCCUGGGGUGCCUGGGGGCCAUGCAUCUUUGAAAACUGUGAUGAUCAGACCGGAAAGAAAGGUUUCAAACUGAGGAAACGGCAGAUUACCAACGAACCAACAGGGGGCCCGGGAAGCUGCCCUCACCUAGUGGAGGCCAUGCCAUGUGAUGAACCCAGUUGUUACAAGUGGCAGCUGGUCAGCCUGGAUAAGUGUGUUCCUGAUGAUGGGAAGCAGUGUGGCCCGGGAACUCAGCUGCCACAAGUGCAAUGCAUCAACAGCAAUGGUGAGCCUGUGGAUAGGAGUCUCUGCUCAUCCUCUGCAACUUUGGAGCCCAUCUCCUGUGAGGUCCCUUGCGCAAGAGACUGUGUGCUCAGCGACUGGACACCCUGGUCAACCUGUUCUCAGACAUGCUCAAGUAAAACCGUGGAGGGCAAACAAAUGAGGACCCGCUCCAUUCUGGCAUACAACGCCGGGGAAGGUGGCUCCCUGUGUCCAAACAGCAGUGCACUUCAGGAGGUGCGGAACUGUAAUGAACAUGCCUGUAUAGUUUACCAUUGGCAGACAGGACCCUGGGGGCCAUGCACAGAAGACCCAUCAACAGCAUCCCUGAACACCUCUGCACGUCCCAAUGGAGAGGAUCAAGGUCUGUGCUCCAUGGGAGUGCAAACCCGCAAGGUCAUGUGCAUCCGGGUCAACGUGGGACAGGUGCCACCCAAAAAGUGUCCAGAAGGCCCUCGCCCGAGCACAAUGCGGCCAUGUCAGCUUCCCUGCAAGAAGGACUGUAUUGUGACCCCUUUCAGUGACUGGACAGGAUGUCCUGUCAACUGUGAUACAGUUGGUGACCCUGCAAAGAGAAAGCAAUCAAGGAGACGUCUUGUCAUCCAGAUGCCUUCUAAUGGUGGGCAGGAGUGUCCGUUGGUGCUUCAGGAGGAAAGGGACUGUGAGGUUCCAAAAGUCUGUCCUGGUUUCAGGUGGAAAACUCACAAAUGGAGGAAGUGUCAGCUGGUCCCAUGGUUCCUCAGAAAAGAGACUCCUGGUGCCCAAGAAACAUGUGGACCAGGACUUCAGACCCGAGCUGUUUCCUGCCGCCAGCUGGACGGGACGCAGGCCGACAUCAGCGAGUGUCUGAGGUCCGCCAAGGCCAUGCCCGCCAUCACUCAGCGUUGUCAGCUCCCCUGCCAGGAUGACUGCCAGUUAACCAACUGGUCCAAGUUCUCGUCCUGCACAGCUGACUGUGUGGGGGUCCGCACCAGAAAGAGGGCAUUGAUAGGGAGAAGCAAAAAGAAGGACAAGUGUAAAAACACACAAAUGUACCCUCUAAGUGAGACGCAGUACUGUCCCUGCGAUAAAUACAAUGCCCAGCCAGUAGGGAGGUGGUCUGACUGCAUCCUGCCAGAGGGAGGCAGGCCAGAGAUCACUGGAGUGAUGAAGGUCCAGGGAGACGUCAAGGAGUGUGGACAGGGUUACCGCUAUCAGGCUAUGGUGUGUUACGAUCAAGACAAUCGGCUGGUGGAGACCUCGCGCUGCAACAGUCACGGUUAUAUUGAGGAAGCGUGCAUCAUUCCCUGCCCAUCCGACUGUAAACUCAGUGAGUGGUCCAACUGGUCCCGGUGCAGCAAGUCGUGCGGAAGUGGAGUGAAAGUCCGCUCCAAGUGGCUUCGAGAGAAGCCGUACAACGGAGGCCGACCAUGUCCAAAACUGGACCACGUCAACCAGGCCCAGGUGUAUGAGGUGGUACCCUGUCAGAGUGACUGCACACAGUAUGUUUGGGUCGCUGAGCCGUGGAGUGUGUGGAAGGUCAGCAAUGUGGAUCUGAAGGAAAACUGUGGAGAGGGUGUCCAGACCAGAAAAGUCAGGUGCAUGCUGAACACUGUGGAUGGCCCAUCUGAGGCUGUGGAGGAUUACCUCUGUGACCCGGAGGAGAUGCCCCUAGGGGCCAGGGAGAGCCGGCUGCCAUGCCCAGAGGACUGUGUCCUCAACGACUGGGGCCCCUGGAGUCGCUGUAGCAUGCCCUGUACCAGAAACAACAGCCGAGUGCGGACAGCAUACACCCUUCGAUACCCUGGUGUGGGCAGGCAAUGCCCGGAGUUGUCUGACAAAGAGCCAUGUAGUCUGAACCUAAACUGCUUCAAUUACUUCUACAACAUCACAGACUGGAGCACUUGUCAGCUGAGUCCCAAUGCUGUUUGUGGAAGCGGGAUCAAGACCCGAAUGCUUGACUGCGUUCGCAGUGACGGAAAAUCUGUCGAUAUUAAAUACUGCGAGGAGCUAAAUUUGGAGAAGAACUGGCAGAUGAACGUCUCCUGCACAGUUGAGUGUCCGGUUAACUGCCAGCUGUCAGAGUGGUCGGCAUGGUCAGAGUGUUCACAAACCUGUGGACUAGAAGGUAAGAUGCGGAGGCAGCGCUUGGUGGUUCAGGCGUCGCAAGGUGACGGCCGGCCGUGUCCUUCCCAAAUGGAGCAGUGGAAGCCCUGCCCCGUCAGGCCCUGCUACAGAUGGGAGUACAGCCCCUGGUCUGAGUGUCGGGUUGAGAGUGUGGUGUGCGGACACGGGACACGCUACAGGAACCUGUCCUGCUUUGUGUCGGACGGCUCCAGUGACGGCGAGAGCAGCAUGGUGGACGAAGAGCUGUGCAGCAGCCUGGAGUUGGCUGUAAAUGGAAACAAGAAAAUCAUACUGAAAGAGGCCUGCACCCUCCCAUGUCCAGGUGAAUGCUACCUAAUGGAGUGGUCUGACUGGAGUUCAUGUGUGAACAUCUGUGUAAAAGGAGCUGGUGUAGACUUUGGCUCGGUUCAGGUCCGGUCACGCGCCGUACUGGCCCAGGAGCCUGAAAACCUGCAGCUAUGUCCAGACCAGGCGUGGGAGUCGCAGCCUUGCACAGGAGGAGAAUGUUUCGAGUACAAGUGGUUCAGCAGCAGUCGUCCAAACUCCAGCCGUCCCUUUAUCUGGUGCCAACGCUCAGAUGGACUAAAUGUCACCGGUGGUUGUCCUGCAAUGAACCCUCCAGUAGACAACAGCUCCUGUGACCCUCCCUGUCUCAAGCCAAAGUCCUUCUGCAGUGAAGCUGGGGUGUGCAUAUGCGAGGAGGGUUUUACUGAGGUCCUAUCUGCUGCGGGACAGUUGGACCAGUGUGCCCCCAUCCCAAUCCUGGAGAUUCCCACUGCAGGGGACAAGAAAGGAGAUGUAAAGACCAGUCGUGCCAUUAACCCCACCAUGCCCACCACCAUCCAGCCCGGUCGCACCGGGCGGACCUGGUACCUGCAGCCCUACGGACCAGAUGGGAAGCUGAAGAUGUGGGUGUACGGUGUAGCAGCAGGAGCCUUUGUACUCCUCAUUUUCAUAGUGUCUAUGAUAUACCUAGCUUGCAAAAAGCCAAAGAGACCUCAGAGACAGAGGCAGCAGAACAACCGGCUAAAACCUCUAACGCUCGCCUACGACGGUGACACGGACAUGUAGAGCCUCUACACCCGUCAAAGGAGACCCCCUUCAUUACGCCAUGACAGUGAGGGACAUGGACGUUAGAAGCGUGAAUGGACACAACAGAAAAAAGAAAUCACUUCAAAUCCUCUUAGCAAAGACACUGCUGGGUUAAACGGUUUCAGUUGAGCUUGAUUAAGUCUUAUUCUAUUUUUCUUAACCAGAACCUUCAUGACCUCCAGCUUGUUGAGUAAAAAGCCUUCUUAACCCCUGAUGUGUCCCUUACUGAGACUCAGGAGUGCAGAUGGGAGUCUCCAUCUCUCCCCCUUUUCCAAACAUGGCAGCACCAGAUCCAACUCUUUCACCCCCGCGCUUUUCUGCUUGUCCCUGAAAAUGCUGAGUAGCUGGAGGCUUUGGACGCUCUGACGGUUUGUAUGUUGCCAAAAGUCACCGCAGGGAAGAGGAGGAGGGAGAGUAAAAUCUCCAUCAAAAGGUUUGGAUUCCUUUUUCCCCUCAAUCCUCAACUGGGUUUUGACUCAAAUCUCUUUUUUUCAGUCUUGAACAAAAGGGAGGCAUUUCUUCUCCUUUAUUUCUGCUUGAUUCAGAGGCACACAGGCCUGUGUUUGUGGGAUAAACUGAUCCAUGUGAUGCUGAUGAAGAAGCAGCCCGUUAUCACUUGCUGGCGGACACCACUGCCUGCCAGCCUCCACCCUUGCUUUGUUUCAGGCUCUACAUUGCACUAUAUUAGUGCAGCAUGAUAUGCAUAUGUGACUUCUACCUUCUAUUGCCAUAAAACACUGCCUCUACCACAAACAGAACCACACAGCAGAGGGACGACGAAAGCAACAGGGGAACACAAAACAGUCCAAUAAAACAGGUGUGAUCCACCAGUAAAUAUCUGUAUAGAUUUCAUUAUUUUGCAGCAGAGUUUUUGGUUUAGUAAAGUAAAUUUUUGUGGGUUCUUUUUAGACUCCGUCUGGUGUUUCCACUUUAUUUUUACCCAGAUGUAAGUGCGUUUAAAAAAAAAAACUGCCAGUUCUAAAACGAUUUAUUGAUUGUUUCCCUGAACUAAAACAUGUAGAGGAGAGAGGGAAGUUUCGCAGCAGCUUUGAAAGAGAAACUGAAGCCAUUCAUGUCAUGCAAACAUCAUUUCUGCCUUAAAGAUAAUUAAAGAGCUGCUCUGAAUAUUUGAUUAGGCAGAUAAUAUACAGUACAAGCAGAAAAAAUGACUAAUUUUCCCUCAUCUAGGCGAAUCAGUUCAUCUAGCUUUCACAUGUAGUACCCACAUUAUAGAUGCUCUAAUGUUACAGUCUCACUACAUUGAGAUGAAAUAUAUAAAAGAUACCCUGUACAAAUGAACUAUACAAUAUGUUAAUAAGAAUAUGCCUCUGAGUUCAGUGUAAAAGCAAACUUGUGUGGAGAAUGUUUACUUUUUUUCGUGAAAUCUGUAAAUAACAAUGACUUUUUUAUUUUUUUGGGAAAAAAAAAAGUAUGUGUAAAUUUAUUUUGUAUUGCACAGAAAACGUUAGUUUGAUUAUUGCAAAGUGGGUGUAUGAUAUUGCUGAUUGUUGUAACCAUGAUGCAAGUUGUAUGUUGUGACUAAGAAAAAAACCCGAGGGGAAUGAAAAGAGGAAGAGAGGUGGUUGUUCUGUACAGGUUGUUCAUAUAUGGAAAGAAUUACUGAAAAUAAAU